AUGGAACCACCCUCGGUCAACCUCAAGGCUAUUACAGGCAACCCCAAUGGGUCUAUACCUCCCAAACAUAAAGCUCACAGCCACGAUGCUUUCUUCAAGAGUGUCCAAUGGUCCGCUGACGGCACAACCCUCUUCACCUCCUCCUUUUCCAGUCGGAUAUGUACUUUCGUCCUCCCCGAGACCCUCCUCCAGCCACGCGAAUCUCCCGUAGAGCUCAUCGCCCACAGCACCCUCGCCCUGCCCGAACCGUCCAGCGCCAUUGCUCCAUGUCCUUACUUUGCCCUAGAACACCCCUCCACCCAGACCCUCCUCACAGCCAGCACCGACCACCCAAUCCACCUCCACCACGCCUUCCCCCCAUCACCAUCACCAACCUCACCCUCCCCAGCCGACGACAGUACCCACGACACCCCAUCACCACCACCACCACCACCACCACCACCCCCCACCCGCACCCAACCACCCCCCCUCGCCUCCUUCCGCCUCAUCAAGCACGAAACGGAAGCCUACCUCCCCAUCGCCUCCCUGACCUGGCCCGCCCCCGGCACGCACUUCAUCGCCGGCACCACGAACCGCAUCGCACUCUUCGACCUCUCGCGGCCCGACGCCCUUGACCCCAACCCCCUGCUCUCCAUCCCCACCAUCCCCUCCACGCGCCACCUCGCCAAGGGCGGCGGCGUCGGUAUGCGCGGCGUGGUCUCGGCGCUGGCGGCGCAGCCGAUGUCCGUGGCGGGGGUGGAUGGGGGUGAUGGUGGUGGUGGUGGUGGGUGGGGUCUGUUGGCGGCGGGGACGAGGACGCGGAAUCUGGGGCUGUACGAUCUUGUGCGGAGUGGGGAGUGUGUUGCGACGUGGAGUGCCGCGGGCGCGGCGAGGGAGGCCGGGAUUGGGGGGCGCGGGGUCAUGCAGACGGCUUGGUCGCCGUGCGGGCGGUAUUUGGUGGUGAAUGAGCGCGGGGCGACGGGACUGCUGGUGUAUGACCUGCGGGGGACGCACCGGUUGCUGGGGACGCUUGAGGGUAGGGAUGGGACUACGAAUCAGCGGCUGAGCUGUGAUGUGUUUUCGGGGACUGAGAGUAUGGGAGGGUUUGAGGUGUGGGCGGGGACGAAGAAUGGAGGUGUGGUUGUUUGGGAGGGGGUGGGGAAUCAGGAGGGCGCUGUUCAGCCAUCUUGGGACUGGAAGGCCCACGGCUCGGCGGUUGGAGCUACGGCGAUGCACAUGAGCGGGUCGGUUGUGGCGACCUGCUCUGGAGCAUGGACGUUUGUCGAUAGGGAUGAGGACGAGAGUUCUGACAGCUCCGACUGUUCCGAUGCUGGAGCGGGCGCAACACGACGCGGCAACUCGAAAUCCAAAAUUGUGGUUGAGGAGACCAGCCUCAAAGUUUGGAGUCUGGGCCCAGGCAACUCGCCUCAGGUCGAGAGGGACAAUGAUGUGGGCGGUGAUGCCGAAACAUGA